AUGGCGGGCGCGGCGGGCGUCGACAACACGCAGCGUCGCAAGUGGGACCGCGACGCGUACGCCAAGCGCGCGGCGGAGCGCGAGCUCGCGGAGAAGGAAUCCGAAAAGAAUGGCGGCCGCCCGGCGCCGCCGGCGCGCGGCGCCGCGGGCGCGAUCGUCAUGCGCGAGGACCUGCGCGUGGAUAAGAUCAUACAGAGGGACUACAAGCGCGACAUCGAGAGCCGCGUGGGGACGAAGUCGAUCGUGAACCCGGAGACGGGCGCCGGGAUGGGGUUUCAGUGCAAGGAGACGGGGGUGGUGCUGCACGACUCGGCGGCGUAUUUGGAUCACAUCAACGGGAAGAAGCAGAUGAAGGCGCGAGGGAUGUCGAUGCGGGUGGAGCGGUCGACGGUGGAUCAGGUGCGGGCGAAGUUUGAGGCGGUGAAGAAGCGAAAGGCUGAGGAGAAGGCGAACGGGGGGAAGGCGAAGGCGUACGAGGAGAGGUUGGCCAUCGCGGAGGCGGACGAGGAGACGAUGCGAGCGAGAAAGAAGGCGAAGGAGCAGGCGAGGAAGGCGAAGAAGAGAGCGGAGGAAGAGGCGGCGCUGAAUGAGUUGUCGGCGGGGGUCGAUCCGGAGAUGGCGGCGAUGAUGGGAUUUUCGGGUUUCGGCGGCGGCAAAUAG